AUGCCAACAGUACAACCAGGAACACCUAAUAGGAAAGUUACGGAAGAUGAGCUACGAUCAGUUCUUACCGGGGCAGGACUAGAGUUAUCUAGCUCCCUCGUAGAAGAUUACAGAACAUUGGUCUCUUUGCUGGAUGAUGCCAUCACAUCUCUCCCGGACGACAAGAGUAUAUUGCCUUACCCUGACCUCCUGAAUUACCCACGCACGGACAUACAUGUCCCUGAGGACAAUGAGCUAGGGGGAUGGGCAACUAAGGUUACUGCUAAAUGCGUUAACCCUAUCAGCGAUCUAUUGAAGGGCCGCACUAUAGCGCUUAAGGAUAACAUGGCAUUCGCAGGGGUUCGGUGUACGAACGGGACGUCAAUGGUGGAUUGGACUCCUACUAUUGACGCGACAGUUGUUACAAGAGUCCUAGAUGCCGGAGCCACCAUUAUUGGUAAAGCGGCAUGCGAAAACUCGUGUCAUGAAGGAAUGUCCGCAACAGCCAUCACAGGGCAGGUUCAUAAUCCAUACCAGAAGGGUUACAGUGCUGGCGGAUCGAGUAGCGGCUCUGGAAGACUCGUCGCAACCGGAUCGGUUGACCUCGCCUUUGGUUGUGACCAAGCUGGAAGUAUCCGUAUCCCCGCUUCAUCUUGCGGGAUUGUUGGGCUCAAGCCGACUUGGGGCUUGGUACCUUAUACAGGCAUCCUGAGUCUGGAUGCGACCGUUGAUCACGUAGGCCCGAUGACCAAAAGUGUGAGAGAUUGCGCUCUAUUUCUCGAGGCAAUUGCAGGGCCAGACGGAUGGGAUGAUCGCCAGCCACCAUUCGGCCUCGAAGGAGAUAGAUUGAAGUUUGUGGCCCCUGUGGACCUUGUACUUGAAAAAGAGCCAGAGAAGAUGCUUGCAGGCUUCAAGAUCGGUGUAUUGGAUGAGGGUUUCGAGGUCCCCGGCCAGGAUUCGAAUGUUGUGGCGUCCGUCAGGUCUGCCGUCGAAAAGUUCAAAUCGCUUGGAGCGGAUGUUGCUUCUGUUUCGGUGCCAUUGCAUAAAGAAGCUCAUCGGCUGUGGAACUGUGCGUCACCUUUGUCAAGGGGUCGCCAAUCCCUCCUUGGCGAUACGGAUGGGAGAAAGCAGCUGUAUCUUACGGACCGUGCCGAACUAGUAGGAUCAAAGCUAUCCCAAGCCCAGUUUGAUGCGCUAGGGCCUGGCGCGUCCAAUCUGUAUGUCGGGUAUUUAUGGAUGCAAGAGAAGUAUGGUGCAAAGGUGCAGGGGAAAGCUACGAAUCUCCUAAAAGCUACCAGCGAUGCCUACGACAAAGCCCUCAAAGAGUUCGACGUCUUAGUUAUGCCAACUCUGCCUUACCCGCCACCGCGUUUGCCAGAGCCCGGGUCAAACGAAGGCCCGUUGAACUACCUCAAUAGGACAACUGGAAUGAUAGCAAAUACUUGCCCCUUUAAUAAUUCGGGACAUCCUGCUCUGUCGCUGCCUGUUGGUUUUGUUCCUGCUCGGGAAGAUCCAACUGUAAAGCUGCCUACAGCCAUUCAGAUAGUAGGUCGCAAGUAUGCAGAUGUCGAUUGUCUGAAAGUAGCGGCUGCGUGGGAGAGGGUAUUUGAUUGGAAGACACUCUAG